UCAAAUGUAUAAUGGAUAGCGUCAAAGCCGUGCUUCCCAUUUUGCCGCUAAAAGAUGAUUUCGAGAGUGUAUCUGCUGAACAAAUCUUGCCCAAUCUUUUCGUCGUCGACGUCCCUUCGUCAUCUCCCCAACACGCAGCAUCUUCCCAUCCCGCAAAUUGGUUCUCGCCUAAGAUGGCUAUGCGAUGAAGUCCAACGGGGACGGGUUUCUUGGAGAACGGGGGCUGUCCAGAUGCGCGGCUCCCCGUUGGAGUCUGAAGCGUUGCUGGAUAGCUUAAGGGUUCUGGAGUGGGAUAAGGUCUGUGAUUCCGUGGCUGCUUUCGCAGGGACGUCGCUUGGAAAGGAGGCCCUCUUGGUCCAACUGAAUUCUUUGGGUUUGUGCUAUGAAGACAGCUUGGCCCUUCAAAAGGAAACCACCACUGUGGUUGAGAUGCUCAAGUAUGGUGUUGGUGGUCUGGAUUUUGCUUCCCUUGACCUUGCUAAGGUUAAGUCUGCUAUUGACCGUGCAUCAAGGGGUUUUGCAAUGAGUGGAACUGAAGUGAUGGCUUUAGUUGCCUUACUGCAACUUGCUGACAAUCUGCAAAUGUCUUUGAAGAUUAUUCUGAAAGAAAACAUAGACUUGUCACACCGGUUCGAGCCACUUUCAGACAUGAUAUUGGGCAUGGUUGUCAAUCGAGCGUUGGUUAGGGAUGCAUUUCAAGUACUUGAUGAAGAAGGAUGUGUGAAAGAUACUGCGAGUUCGGAACUAAAGCGCUACCGCAACCAAGUGAGAGGGCUUGAACAAAAGUUGUACUUGCUGAUGGAUAGCUUUUUGAAGAAUGCAGCCGAUAAUGCAUUCUCGCAGGCAAUGAGCAAUGUUGAGGGAAGGUGGUGCAUAAAGAUCAGUUCCGAUCAAGCAACUGUUCCUGGGUUGCUACUAAGAGGUGGGCCAGGUGCCGAAAACUUUGUGGAGCCGAUCUCUGCCGUUCCAUUAAAUGAUGAGUUGGAGCAAGCAAGAAACUUAGCUGUGAAAGCUGAACUGGAUGUGCUUUAUAAGUUGACACAGAAGAUGCAGGCAGGCAUUGAAGACCUUUAUAGAUUGCUAGAUGUCAUUGUUCAAAUGGACAUGAUAACAGCUCGAGCCAAAUACAGUCUUGCAUUUGGAGGUACAUGCCCAGAUUUGUUUGUCCUGGGGUCAGAGUGCAUUCCUUCUGUCAAGGAUGGAGAGAUUGAACUUGCAGAUAGCGGAGCCAGUGUUUCUCUAGCCUCUAAUCAGGGGAGGAAGUGGACCUUGAAUUUGCGGAAAGCAUAUCAUCCUAUAUUAUUACAAAAGUACAAGGACAAUGUGCAGAAGGCUAAGGAUGAUCUGAAAACAGCUACUGCAGAAGCUAGGAGGAGGAGACUUCAAGGGGGAAGUUCUGUAACUAAAGGGAAUUCUAAUGGAGUUGUGAAGUCAUUAGAAGUUCAGCUUGCAGAUUUGGAGGAUGCUCAUCCUGCCCCCAUUGAUUUUCUUGUCUCUAGCAACAUCAAAGCUGUUGUCAUUACAGGCCCCAAUACAGGAGGAAAAACCAUUAGUUUGAAAACAGUAGGCCUAGCUGCAUUAAUGGGAAAGCUGGGCCUCUAUGUUUUGGCAUCAGAACCUGCAGUACUUCCUUGGUUUGGUUCAAUAUUUGCUGAUAUUGGGGAUGGCCAGUCCUUGGUCCAGUCACUGUCCACUUUCUCUGGUCAUUUGAAGCAGAUUAACAGUAUUUUAGCACAAUCAACGAAAGAUUCAUUGGUUCUUCUAGACGAAGUUGGUGCAGGGACCAAUCCAAUUGAAGGGGCAGCACUUGGUAUGUCGAUAUUGGAGCGUUUCGCUGACCAGGUGCUCUUGACCAUGGCCACAACUCACCAUGGUGAACUUAAGACCCUGAAGUACAGUAAUCACAGAUUUGAGAAUGCAUGCGUGGAGUUUGAUGAAGAGAACUUAAAACCAACAUACAAAAUACUUUGGGGUGUACCAGGACGUUCAAAUGCAAUUAAUAUUGCUGAACGGUUAGGGCUAGCUCCUUCCAUCAUAGAUGAUGCUCGCAUCAUAUAUGGAUCUGCUAGUGCAGAAAUCAAUGAGGUUAUAAUUGACUUGGAAAGAUACAAACAAGAGUUUCAACAGCAUGUUGGUGAAGCCCGGAAGAAUCUGAGGCUUGCGAUAGAGCUUCACGAAAUGCUGCUGGAGGCAAGGCAAAAAAUAAAUAAACACCGGGCGAUCCAGAGGUUCAAAAAGAUGCAAGAGAUCUAUGAGGUUGCAAGAGAGGCACGAUCUACCUUGCAGAAAAAAUUGCGAGAUUUUCGCGCUUCUAAAAAUGAAGUUUCUAAAGUCCGGACUGGGGCAUUUAAAACAGAACCAGAUGAGAGUCAAGGAGGACCAUUACCAGGGAAACCAAAUGGAUCCCCAGCAAAGGCCAGAGAGUUUAAUGAAGGUUCGAAGCUGAUAUUACCUGGGAAACAAGACGAAUCCGCAGCAAAGGCCAAAAAGCCUAACGAAGAUUCGAAGCUGAUGCUGCCUGGAACGCAGAACAGAGUUCCCGAAAUUGGUGCAAUGGUUUAUGUGCUCUCACUUGCUAGGAAAAUGAAAGUUCUUAAAGUAGAUGCUUCCAAGGCGGAAGUUGUCGUUCAAGCUAGCAAUAUGAAGUUGAAACUAAGACUAAGUGACAUAACCUUUUGAAGCCAUGACCAGAAUCUCACAAGUUGAUCGAUGCAUGGAAAAAGGAAUGAUUUUAAUGUCGUGUCAAUUCUUUAUGCAAAUAUAAAAAUAAAUGGGCUAUUUUGCAAAA